AUGGCCGUGGGCGGUACUGUCCAAUCGCUGGAUUUUACCUCCCAAGAUAAGGACUACCCGGUACCACAGCUUAAUCUUGGAUGGGUCAGCAUCGACGCUUCGUACAACUGGGCCAAAGGGCAAACAUCUCCUCUCAGCGUCAAGGCCUCCUUUCUCGCCGAGCUCAGGUCGUCCAAGAACGCUACACACAAGGAGCCUGCCGCGCUCGAUAGUGGCAAGUGGACUUUGAGCGCUGACCUGGAAGGACUAUAUCUCUCCUCCCUCUACAACUUCUUUUUCCAGAAGCCAUCGAACGCCGACCCCGAUGCAACUGGAGAAGCAGAUUACGUUCUUCCGCUCAUCGAGGCCAUCAAGAUUGAAAGCAUGAAGCUCACCUACGUCUAUGGUAAGACGCCUGCUUCGGGAGACCAAGUUGUUGGCAGCUCAUUCACCUUUGACGGAAUUUUGAAUGUCUCUGAUUUGCAGCCCAAACUUCAUUUCUCGCAUGAGAAGAAGGCCUUUGAGUUCCGAGCAAUGUUGCAUGCCGGAUCGACGACAACCGUUGGGAAGAUCAUCGAAGAUCUCGUCGGAGAUGGCAUCGACGUCCCAGAGUUCUUCAAAAGACCAUUCCACUUUGUGGCCAAGCUCACGGUGAAUUUCCCCAGAGAUGUCCAAAUCACGUUGACCUUCGCCCAGUGGCAUGGUAGCAACUGGUCUGCUUCAGAACCGUCCAAGAAGCUGAUCAAGACCGCUCUGACCGGCAUCCCCCAUGUGUCCAUCCCUCUUGUUGGCGAUAUCACGCAGCCAUUUGACGAGAUGUACUUCAUGCAUGUGAUCGACGGUACCAAGAAGAAGUCACCCCAGCAACUUCCCGGCAUAACUCGCAAGGAGAAGGAUGAUCUCAACCUGGAUGAAGCAUUCAAGGCUCAUCCUCUCGUUGUCAAGGACAAAUCCAAGGAUACCAGCGAUGAUGUAGUGGUCAUCACUGCAGGCGUGCACCUCGCGAUUGUCAUCAAGAACGAGAGAGGCGAGAGAGUCUGUAUCCUCGACUACAACUACAAGAAGCAAAAGACUGUCGGAGAUGGAAAGGAGAACACCAAAAAGCGAACCAUCCCGGCGGGGGGAAAAAGCAAGGAACCUGCAAAGAAGGACUCGGACGGCAGCGCGGCCUCGGCGCCUCUGAAGAAGAAGAUGAGCGGCCUAUCCAUCAGCGAUAUCGGUCUCAAAUACGAGAACAAGAUUUUCAGCAUCUCUUUUACCGCCACCAUGGAACUCGGCCCCGUGGGCUUCAGCCUCAUCGGGUUCGCUCUUAACAUGGAGCUAACAAGCCUCAACCUGAGCGAUAUCAGGAUGCUGCCUCCUAGCCUGGAAGGCUUCUCAGUCGUUUUCGAGCGCAAGCCCCUUUCCAUUGCCGGCAUCAUCCGCCAUGGAAAGACUCCCGAACUUGAGUACUACGCCGGUGGACUCAUCGUCGGAUGGACGCCCUACCAACUCGAGGCAGCAGGCUUCUAUGGCAAAGUCAAGCCCGAGGGACGAGACCCAUUCGUCUCCGUCUUCGUUUUUGCAAAGCUUGCGGGACCGCUUGUCUCGCUUGAAUUCGCAGAGAUCUCUGGCGUGACGCGAGGGUUUGGAUACAGUUCCAGCGUCCGCGUGCCCACAGCCGAUCAGAUUACCUCGUUUCCCUUCAUUGAUCAGCAUGCCACGGAUAAUGCCGGCGAUGCACUGCAAGCGCUCCAGAAGCUGACCAGCGCGGGACAGGAUGCGUGGUUCCAGCCUGUGCCGGAUACGUAUUGGGCAGCAGCGGGCAUGAAGAUUGAUGCCUUCCAGAUGAUCGCGCUCGACGCUGUUGUCGUUGUACAGUUCGGCACUUCUAUUAAGCUGGGCAUAUUUGGUGUUGCAUUAGUCGAUGUUCCUAGCAGCCUGUCAGACUUCAAGUUUGCCCAUGUUGAGCUCGGCAUCGCUGCUGUCGUCGAUUUCGACAUUGGUAUCAUGAAAGUGGAGGCGCAGCUCUCCCCCAAAUCCUACAGCCUUCAUCCAAGCUGUAAGUUGACGAGUGGCUUUGCCCUUUGGUACUGGUUUGACGCCCCCCACACUGAUCAGGCCAAUGUGGGCAACUUUGUCUUCUCCCUUGGGGGUUAUCACCAGGCUUUCAAAGUUCCAGUCGGAUGGCCUGUCCCAGAUCGCCUCAAAAUCAGCUGGGGUCUGGGCAACAACCUGUCCAUCUCGGGAAAAGCCUUCUUUGCCAUCACACCCAAAGUUUGCAUGCGAGGCGGCAGACUUCGAGCUUCCUACUCCGCCGGGCCCAUAGCAGCUUGGUUCGACGCUUUUGCCAAUUUCCUGAUCCAAUACCAGCCUUUCCACUUUGCAUCAGAAGCAGGCAUUUGCAUCGGCGCAAGCUUCAACCUGGACAUCAGGUUCAUUCACAUCCACAUCUCGGUCGAAGUGUCUGCAGAUCUAUACCUCUGGGGCCCCCCCUUGGCGGGCAUCGUCUCUGUCAACAUCAAAGUAGCCAGAUUCAACAUCCACUUCGGCGAUGACAACAACGGCCCCGGUGCACUGCAGCUCGGCCAGUUCUUUGAUCUUGUCUGGCAGGCUUCUAGCAAGAAGAAGGCAGCAACCACCACCACCCCCAUGGCGGUCGCAACACCCAUCAUUCCAAUCAUGGAACCGGAUCAAGCAGCCAGGUUCAAAAGGAUGUCUGACAACGUUGGACAUACCUUCCUGGGGCGGUUCGGCCUCAUGAACGAUACCUCUGAUCCCAAGCGCGAGCAGAACGCGGAGUGGGUAGUGAGGGGCGGCACAUUCAGCUUUUCCAUCGGUUGCAAGAUGAUGGUUGACGAUGUGAAGCUUGUAGGCAACAACAAAGAAGACAUCAACUCCAAGGCCUCCGGAGCAGGCAGCAUAUACGCCAAACCGAUGAAGACCGAUUCCUCCCUUGCCUCGCACAUGACUGUGCGGAUCACCCAGACCCAGGGGAAGCAGGUAUGGGGAAUGAUUCAGGAGUACAAGACUGUUCCUACUGGUUUGUGGCAAAAGUACGACUCAUCAAAAGACCCCUUGAACGGAAAGGGAAAUAACAAUAUUGACGACUAUCUCAACGACAAAGACGGAGGGAUGAAGCUAAUGAGCGGCAUCUUGUUUUCUGCUCCUCCACCCAAGAUGUCGGAUGAUAAGCUCAAGGUGUUUGACAUCAUCGACUCGACGCUCAUGGAGAUUGAGUCUGAUAGGCAGUUCCCUCUUCCAACAGACUGCCAUAAAGACUGGGAUCCUCACCCGCCAAGGAAUGAGGAGGACGAUGAUGAGUGGACGGUUGUGCAGAAGAGGUGGAAGACACCUCUGUGGAACACGGAUAAUGAGCCUAAGCACAGUGCUGUUUCCCUUGCAGUCGAUUCGAACCCAGAGGCUGCUGCUCAGCCGAUUGUUCAAGAGGAACCCAAGACGCGAGACGUAGAGACUGAUUUUGUUUCUGCUUUUGUCAAUGCUUUUAAUUGGGAUGCUGGCUUGAAGUUACCUAGCCUGGCCAAGAUGCCUCGGAAGCUGGAAAAGAGGUUUGGAGAUUUGUUUGUCGUUCCACCGAUGAUGACUGCUUAG